AUGGCGCGAAAGAAUAAGAAGGAAGCAUACGUUGUAUUUAGGGGAAGGAUACCAGGACUUUACCGGACGUGGGACGAAUGCAGUGCCCAAGUUUUAGGCUUCUCGAAGGGAUAUCAGCUUGGGUAUGAGAGAUUUGAGGAAGCCGAAAAGGCGUGGGCAGAACACACGGCCAGGCAGGAUGCCGAAAAACCCAUCCGGGUCUUCGUAGCAGGUAGACUUGAGGGCAAGCCAAUAAAGGAGGAGGUUAUGGACUCGGAUUAUGACUCUGAUAGAGAAGAAUUGGAAAAACCUAGGAACUUGAAACGGCCCACAGAUUGUAGUGACCUUGACGAUUACCAAUAUCAAGCGGCCGAAAAGCGGCAGCGCAUUUCCAGGAACGAGUCAGACGACGAAUGGGAGGCAAUCACUCAAGAUCCUGGUGUUGAGCUCACAGUGGAGCAAGAGGAAGUAGUCAGCUUGGCUAUGCGAGGGCAUAACAUGUUUCUAACGGGCGCCGGAGGCUCCGGCAAGACAGUGACUCUCAAAGAAAUUCUUCGGUGCCUGAAGACAAGAAAGAAAAAAUAUCAGGUUGUAGCCCCUACAGGAAUCGCCGCGCUACCCCUUGGUGGCAAGACCAUACACUCUUUCAUGGGCUGGAAGCCGGACACGCUUCGAAAAUCUCUCGAUGAUAUCUUGAAUGAUAUGAAACCCUACAUCAGGAAGGGAAUCAGAAAGGCACAAGUGCUCAUCGUCGAAGAGAUUUCAAUGGUGGAGAAUCAGAAUCUGGAACGAAUGAAUCUGAUCUUACAAGAUGUUAUGACGAACAGCUCACCAUUUGGUGGAAAGCAGGUAAUUUUCCUCGGUGAUUUUCACCAGCUACCUCCCGUCAAGCCUUUUGAAUUCUGUCUUCAUUGUGGUAGUAUGAUGACAAAAGUUGAUCACGGAGAGUGCACCUUUGUAUGCGACGAAGACGGAUGCACUAAUCGAGGGCUAGCUUUCAGAGAGGGAAGUAAGUGGGCUUUCCAGGCACCUGUUUGGAAGCGGUUGAAUCUCAGGCAUAUCCAGCUUCAACGGAUUCAUCGCCAAAAAGAUAAGCAAUUCAAGGAUAUUUUGACCAAUAUCCGACACGGGAUUUCCUUAACGCUAGAGGAAUGGGAUAGUCUAGAACGGAUAAAGCCUCCUCCGCUUCAUGGCAUAUAUCCAGUGAGGCUGAUGUCUCGAAGGAGGCAAGUAGCCGAGAUCAACAGAGCAGAGCUUCAGGCUAUCAAGCUUCCAUCAAAGUCCUGGACCGCAGUCAACCGUUACGAGAAGAAAUAUCCAUUUCCAAAAUGGAACCACAGCAGGCCAUGGGAGUCAGACCAGCCGCUCAAGAAUCACCGACUCCCCGAGUGCCUAGUACUGAAAGUUGGAGCCAAAGUCGUGCUCCUUCACAACUUCAAUCAGCAACGUGGGCUCGUGAAUGGCUCACAGGGCGUCGUUGUCGGCUUUCAGAAAAUGGAUGGGGUUGAUUGCGAUCCGGAAAUCAAAUUCAUCGAAGGCAAGCCAAAAAUUGGGCCGGGCAAUACCAAGCGUCACUGGGACACCUUCUCUGCCCCCGUCGUCAGGUUCGCAAACGGUAUCAUUAUGCCGGUUUUUGCAAUCGAUUCGACGUCGCAAUAUGGGACGAAAAAAAUGCCGUAUUUGGCUACGAGAGUACAAAUCCCAUUGACGCUGGCCUGGGCUCUCACUAUUCACAAAAGCCAGGGUAUGACGUUGGAUUACAUCGAGGUUUCAUCGCGGAACAUCUUUGAGACUGGGCAGUUCUACGUCGCUCUAUCCAGGGGAACGAAUAUUGAGGGUGUCACUGUGACGGGAUUCUCGAGGGACCAGUUACCGCUCGAUGAUGAUGUGGUUGAUUUCUAUCAGGGUACUAAAUGGGAGACGUUUGGGACGGCUGAGCCUAAGGAUAAUGAUGAUGUCAUCGUGAAUUUGAAAGAAGAAACGCCUUCUGAUGGAGAGGCGGUCGGAUGGAUCGUGGACCUAAAGCCCGGGAGUCCUGAGAAGAAGGCAGUGUUAGAAUGGCAGAAGUCUUUGUUGACCUCGCCGUAUAUCUGA